UAUCGAACUAAUUAUUUAUUAAAAAGUAUGUGUAAAGAGGGGAAUGAAUUUGUGUAAAUAGAAGUUCCCCUCUUAGGAGUAUUCCUAACUCCUAUUAUUCGUAGAUUUCAAAGGCAGAGCAACGAGUCGGACACACUCUGUUUCGUCAAGAAGGAAUAGUAAGUAUCCUGAGUAGUUGACUCAUCUCAGUUGUGAACAACAACGUCUCUUGAUGAGUUAAAGGAGAGCAUACAGUCUGUGAUGUUUUUGUAGUGGAAGUGGAUAGAACCAUAGACAGACCUUAAGUGCUUGCUUAAAGAUGGGUUUUGAGCCACUGGUUUGGUAUUGUCAGCCAGUGGCGAAUGGGGUGUGGGCUAAGGUAGUGGAAAAUGCGUUUGGAGCUUACACACCAUGCGCAACAGACACUUUGGUUGUUUCCAUCUCCAAUUUGGUUCUUAUGGGCCUGUGCUUAUAUCGAAUAUGGCUGACUAAGAAGGAUUUUACAGUCCAGAGGUUCCGUCUGAGGUCAAAUUAUUACAACUACAUGUUGGUAUUGUUGGCUGCCUAUUGUACCGCAGAACCUUUAUUCAGAUUGGUCAUGGGUAUAUCGGCCUUGAAUCUUGAUGGACAGACUGGCGGCCUCGCUCCAUUUGAAAUGGUUUCACUCAUCAUUGAGGCUUUUGCUUGGUGCUCUAUGGUGGUCAUGCUUGGUGUAGAAACAAAGGUCUACAUCAGUAAGUUCAGGUGGUACAUCGGAUUUGGGGUCAUUUAUGCUUUGGUAGGGGACAUUGUGAUGCUCAGUCUCAUUCUUCCGGUGAAGGAGUUUUACAGUCGAUCUGUUCUGUUUUGGUACAUCAGUGAGGUCUUUGUCCAGGUCUUGUUUGGAGUACUCUUUCUGGUGUAUUUUCCCAGUAUGGAUCCUUAUCCGGGGUACACCCCAAUACGGACCGAAUCUGUUGAUGACACUGAAUAUGAAGAACUUCCUGGAGGAGAGCAAAUUUGUCCUGAGAAGAAUGCCAACAUAUUUUCCAAAACUACUUUUGCAUGGAUGAAUCCACUUAUGCAUCUAGGCUUUAAAAGGCCCCUGACUGAGAAGGAUGUUUGGAAAUUGGACACAUGGGACCGAACUGAAACACUGAAUAGCAAGUUCCAGCAAUGUUGGGCUGAGGAAUCUCGGAGGUCUAAACCAUGGCUUUUAAGGGCAUUAAAUCGUAGCCUUGGGGGAAGGUUUUGGUGGGGAGGUGUUUGGAAGAUUGGUAAUGAUGCUUCCCAGUUUGUGGGCCCAAUUAUAUUAAACCAACUUUUAGAGUCUAUGCAGCGCAGGGAUCCAGCUCGGAUUGGUUAUAUUUAUGCUUUCUCAAUUUUUGUUGGAGUGGUGUUGGGAGUGUUGUGUGAAGCUCAGUACUUUCAAAACGUUAUGCGUGUUGGUUAUCGGUUACGAUCAACUCUGGUUGCUGCUGUAUUCCGCAAGUCUUUACGGUUAACCCACGAGAGUCGCAAGAAGUUUGCAUCUGGAAAAAUAACUAACUUGAUGACAACUGAUGCUGAAUCACUGCAGCAAAUAUGCCAAUCACUUCACACUUUGUGGUCAGCUCCCUUUCGUAUUAUCAUCGCAAUGUUUCUGCUUUACCAGCAGUUGGGCGUCGCUUCUCUUCUUGGAGCACUAAUGCUAGUUCUUUUGUUUCCUGUACAGACCUUUGUGAUAAGCAAAAUGCAGAAACUCUCCAAGGAAGGAUUGCAACGCACGGACAAGAGAAUUGGCCUCAUGAAUGAAAUUUUGGCUGCCAUGGACACUGUGAAAUGUUAUGCAUGGGAGAAUAGUUUCCAAUCCAAAGUUCAAAGUGUUCGGACUGAUGAGCUGGCAUGGUUCCGGAAAGCGCAACUAUUAGCAGCGUGUAACAGUUUCAUACUAAACAGCAUUCCAGUUAUUGUGAUUGUGAUUUCGUUUGGGUUGUUCACUUUGCUUGGAGGAGAUCUGACACCUGCAAGAGCAUUUACAUCACUUUCUUUGUUUGCUGUGCUACGGUUUCCACUAUUCAUGCUUCCCAACAUAAUAACUCAGGUUGUAAAUGCAAAUGUCUCCUUAAAACGUCUGGAGGAACUUCUCUUAGCUGAAGAGAGAAUUCUUUUACCCAACCCACCCAUUGAACCGGGACUUCCGGCCAUCUCAAUCAAGGACGGAUAUUUCUCUUGGGAUUCAAAGGCAGAGAAGCCCACAUUGUCAAAUAUUAAUUUGGAUAUAGCAAUGGGUAGCUUGGUAGCUGUUGUUGGAAGUACUGGAGAAGGAAAGACGUCACUCGUAUCGGCAAUGCUUGGAGAGCUUCCUCCAGUAGCAGAUGCAAGCGUUGUUAUCAGAGGAACAGUGGCUUAUGUCCCACAAGUUUCAUGGAUUUUCAAUUCAACCGUACGUGAGAACAUAUUAUUUGGGUCUGUCUUUGAGUCUGCAAGAUAUGAGAAGGCAAUAGAUGUUACUGCGUUACAGCAUGACCUUGAAUUGCUUCCUGGAGGUGAUCUUACUGAAAUUGGUGAAAGAGGGGUUAAUAUUAGUGGUGGUCAAAAGCAAAGAGUGUCAAUGGCAAGAGCUGUAUAUUCUAAUUCAGAUGUUUACAUAUUUGAUGAUCCUUUAAGUGCUCUGGAUGCUCAUGUUGGUCGGCAGGUUUUUGAAAAAUGCAUUAAAGAAGAAUUAAGAGGAAAAACAAGAGUUCUAGUCACGAACCAGCUCCAUUUUCUUUCACAAGUUGAUAGAAUUAUUCUGGUCCAUGAAGGUAUGGUGAAAGAGGAAGGAACCUUUGAGUACCUCUCAAAUAAUGGCGUGCUCUUCCAAAAACUGAUGGAAAAUGCGGGAAAAAUGGAAGAAUAUGUGGAAGAAAAGGAAGAUGAUGAAAACGCCAGUCAUGAAACCGCAAAGCCUGUUGCUAAUGGAAUGACCAAUGAGUUGCCUAAAGAUGCAGCCCAAACAGAUAAGAAAAAAGAAGGAAAAUCUAUUCUUAUUAAGCAGGAAGAGAGGGAAACGGGUGUUGUCAGCAGAAAAGUUUUGAAGAGGUAUAAGGAUGCAUUGGGAGGCCUAUGCGUAGUUAUGAUACUCUUCACGUGCUAUGUCCUAACAGAAGUUCUACGAAUUUCCAGUAGCACAUGGUUAAGUACGUGGACAGAUCAAAGCAGUUCAACGCGCUACGGGCCUGGUUUUUACAAUCUGAUUUACGCACUUCUAUCAUUUGGUCAAGUUAUGGUGACUCUGGCAAAUUCAUUUUGGUUGAUCACCUCAAGCCUUUAUGCAGCAAAAAGAUUGCAUGAUGCAAUGCUUAAUGCUAUACUACGAGCUCCAAUGGUCUUCUUUCACACAAAUCCCCUUGGACGGAUUAUCAACAGAUUUGCUAAGGAUCUUGGUGACAUAGAUCGGAAUGUUGCAGUGUUUGUGAAUAUGUUUCUGGGCCAAGUAUCACAGCUCUUGUCAACAUUUGUGUUGAUAGGAAUUGUGAGCACCAUGUCCUUAUGGGCGAUACUGCCACUUCUACUUUUGUUUUAUGCAGCCUAUCUGUACUAUCAGAGUACAUCCCGUGAGGUGAAGCGCUUAGAUUCUAUUACCAGAUCUCCAGUGUAUGCACAAUUUGGAGAAGCAUUGAACGGUCUGUCAACUAUCCGUGCAUACAAAGCAUAUGAUCGAAUGGCCAACAUUAAUGGGAAGUCCAUGGACAACAAUAUCAGAUACACUCUUGUGAACAUGAGUGCAAACCGCUGGCUUGCAAUCCGUCUGGAAACAUUAGGAGGCCUCAUGAUUUGGCUUACAGCAACGUUUGCAGUCAUGCAGAAUGGAAGAGCAGACAACCAGGAGGCAUUUGCUUCUACAAUGGGUUUGCUUCUCAGUUAUGCUUUAAAUAUUACAAGUUUAUUAACUGGUGUGCUGAGACUUGCAAGUCUGGCCGAGAAUAGUUUAAAUGCUGUUGAGCGGGUUGGCACCUAUAUAGAUUUGCCUUCUGAGGGUCCAUCUAUUAUUGAGGGCAAUCGUCCCCCUCCUGGGUGGCCUUCCUCAGGAUCCAUUAAAUUUGAGAAUGUUGUCCUCCGUUAUAGACCUGAACUUCCUCCAGUCUUGCAUGGUUUGUCCUUCACAGUACCUCCAAGUGACAAAGUGGGAAUAGUUGGGAGAACUGGGGCUGGGAAAUCUAGCAUGCUCAACUCUUUAUUUAGGAUUGUAGAACUGGAAAGCGGUAGAAUCUUGAUUGAUGGCUAUGAUAUUGCAAAGUUUGGAUUGACAGAUCUCCGCAAGGUUCUUGGUAUAAUACCACAAGCACCUGUUCUGUUUUCAGGAACUGUGAGAUUUAAUCUUGAUCCUUUCAGCGAACACAAUGAUGCUGACCUUUGGGAGGCUUUAGAAAGGGCACACCUGAAAGAUGUCAUCAGGAGGAAUUCUUUGGGGCUGGAAGCUGAGGUCUCAGAGGCAGGGGAAAAUUUCAGUGUUGGACAGAGGCAGCUGUUAAGUCUUGCUCGUGCAUUGCUUCGCAGAUCAAAGAUUCUUGUUCUUGACGAAGCAACUGCUGCUGUUGAUGUUAGAACUGAUGCUCUUAUUCAGAAGACAAUUCGAGAAGAAUUCAAAUCAUGUACAAUGCUCAUUAUUGCACACCGUCUUAAUACCAUCAUUGACUGUGACCGAAUUAUUCUGCUCGAAGCUGGUCGGGUUCUAGAAUAUGCAACCCCUGAGGAGCUGCUGCAAAAUGAUGAGAGUGCUUUCUCUAAGAUGGUUCAGAGUACUGGUGCUGCAAAUGCUCAGUAUUUGCGCAGCUUAGUACUCAGUGGGGAAGGAGAGAACAAAGUGGAGAGAGAAGAGAGCUGGCAAUCAGAUGGGCAGAGAAGAUGGCUUGCCUCUUCUCGUUGGGCUGCAGCUGCCCAGUAUGCUCUUGCUGUCAGCCUCACUUCGUCGCAGAAUGACCUUAUACAGUUGGAAAUUGCAGAUGAGAGCAAUAUUCUCACAAAAACAAAAGAUGCAGUUAUAACUCUGCAGGGAGUUUUGGAGGGGAAGCAUGACAAGGUCAUUGAAGAGACCCUUAAUCAGUACCAGGUUCCUAGCGAUAGAUGGUGGUCAUCUCUCUACAAAAUGGUUGAAGGUCUUGCAGUGAUGAGCAGGCUGGCUCGAAACAGGCUAUUUGAAGAUAGAACAAUUGACUGGGACCGUGUUGACUUGUAGAGAGAGAGAGAGAGAAAGAAGUACCUCGCUCGUUCCAAGUUGCAACAUUUUGAUAUUUAAUUAUAAACUGCUUGCACCUUCCUUUUCAAAGAUUGUACUGCUAUUGCAUGCUCUACCCUCUGAUUUAGAAUAACAUAAUGUCCAGUUGUGCAGUAAAUUGGUUCGUUAGUCUGGGUAGUCAGUGAUGUCUGAUUGGCAGUGCUGUUUUUGAACUCUAAUUCACUGCCUUUACAAAGCUGCUUGGAUUCAUUCCCAAAUGGGAAAUUUAACAUUGGUACGAGUAGUUUUUUAUUGAGUUUAUUAUUCAAGGAGGUUUGCAGAUUUUGAGGGUAAAAACUUGAGUGGACAGAGACAGGAUGAGCAAAAUAAAAGCUUUUUUGGAAUGUAUGGGAAGCAGAUUUCAUUA